AGGCAUUUGCCCUUUCCACACCCCCACUCUCUUUAGCGCCCAAGCCUUACGCCCAGGUUCAACUCGAUCGUCUUUAGUCGGAUCGUCAUGGCCGAACUCGCGUUUGGUGUUACUAGUAUUCCAGGAGUGCUCGAUAUAUGCAUAAAGAGCGUAAAGGCUCUACAUCAAGCGUGGGAUACCUACCGGCAAGCUGACGUUAAAAUGGAUGAAAUGAUUGUUCGCAUCCAAGUAUGCUUGGCGCGAAUUCUUAGCUAGCUGGAGGUGGCCAAGGAGCUCGAAGGCACUACCACUGUUGAGCAUAGGCAUCUUCAGAAGCGGGUCCUCGAUAUCCUCCUCGCUAAUUUGGAGGUCGCCACGCAAAGAUUUGCAAGAUUUGCCCCGCCUGGACAUUUGGGAAUGGCAGGGAAGCUAAAGCUGGUAUUUCUAAAGGAUGCCUUUGAAGAGACAAUAGCGGAACUGGAAAGUUGGCAGAGGCUAUACGAACCUUCUUGGUUCUACUGGAUUAAACUUGCUUCUCCGGCUGUCGACAAGACGCUCAACAACGCCAUUGAAGCCGGACCUCUAGCUGUAUCCAAUUUCAGCCUAGCUGCCCGAAAUUUCCGCAGGGCAUUUAAAGAACCCGGCCCGGGAUCCCAGAGCGUCUUCAUUGCCAAGGAAGGAUUGAAUGACUAUACCGGGACGGCCAUCCCGUUCCAUCUAGCUACAGUGGCUACCGCCGUAGGGGUCACCCAGCGGCUCAUUGUCGACGUGGUCGCUAGCGGGGCGGUACAGACCAAAGACGUGCGCGACUUUGCCCGCCGUCUUCGGCAAUCAGAUCCCUUCAUCUCGGGACUCUUGAGCUGCAAAGGCGUUGUGCGGCACGCCAACAACGCUGGCUUCUCUCUUCUCUUUCGCGUUCCAGAGGGGUACACGAUCGUCCGGAGCCUUCGGCAACUGCUUCUGUCGGGCCAGCCCCAUGACUCACUCUCUGACCGCCUUGAAAUGGCGAAGCAGCUUGCCAAUGCCGUCUGCUACAUUCACAUGUACGGGUUCGUGCACAAGAAUAUCAGGCCUGAGACGAUCCUGAGCCUCGGCAAGACGGACGAGGGUAGUAUUCCGAGCACGUUAUGCUUAGUCGGCUUCCAGGUUAUCCGAAAUGUCGACGGGAGGACAUGCCCGGCGACCGACCAGGGUUGGGAGACUAAUCUAUACAGGCAUCCGCUGCGGCAGGGAAACAACGUCGACUACUUCGUUAUGCAGCACGACAUAUACAGCCUCGGUGUAUGCCUUUUGGAGAUCGGGAUGUGGGAGAAGUUUGUCACGUACGACGGCCCUGACGGUGCGGCGCGGCCCUCCAAGGCUUUGGGUCUCGCCAGAGAUGGGCUGGAGCUUCACAACGCCUCUGAGCUGAAAGACCACCUCGUUGCUCUCAGCUGUAGCAGCGCCUUGAGGGCUAAGGUAGGCACCAAAUAUAGUAAAGUAGUCGAGAUGUGUUUGACUUGUCUAGACGAGGACAAUAUGUACUUUGGCGACAAUCGAGAAUUCCAGGACGAGGACGGAGUGUCGGUAGGUGUAAGGUUUAUUGAGAAGGUUAUUGGUGUUAUCAAUGAUAUCUCUAUUUAA